AUGCCAUAAAUUACUUUUCCUUUAGCUUAAUAAUAAACAUAAUAAAAUUUUUCUAUAGAUUAAUUUGUUAUUGGAAAAAAACUAGGUAGUGGUAAAUUUUCGGAAAUAUAUUUAGCAAUGGAAAAAUAAACUGGUUUUAAAUUUGCAAUUAAAUAAAUAAAAAAAGAAACAGUUUUAGAAUUUAAAAUGGAAAGAGAUAUUAUAAACGAAAUAAAGGCUUUAGCUUUUUUAAAUCAUCCUGGAAUAACUAAAUUAUAUGGUUAUUUCUAUGAAAAUGAUAUAUUUUAUAUUAUGUAGGAAUUAGCUUGUGGAUAAGAAUUAUACGCAGAUAUGAAAUUAUAAUAGAAUAAAAGAUAUACAGAAUAACAAACAGCUAAUUUUAUAGUGUAGAUCAUAGAUAUUUUAUUAUAUAUUCAUUCUAAAAAUAUAGUUCAUAGAGAUAUAAAACCUGAAAAUAUAAUGAUUUGUUCAGGAAUUUUAAAGCUUUGUGAUUUUGGAUGUUCUGGGAUUGUAUAAAAAGAUUAAAUGAGAUAAACUUUUUGCGGGACAUUAGAUUAUGUCAGUCCUGAAAUGGUUGAAGGAAAAGAAUAUGAUUUUUCAGUAGAUAUUUGGAGUUUAGGUGUACUUACUUAUGAAUUGAUGUUUGGAAAAGCACCAUUUACAGCAUAGAAUCAUGAUGCUAUAUUCAAAAAAGUUGUCAAAAGUAGUUUAAACUUUCCUGGACCUAUUUCGUUUGAAGGUGCUGAAUUUAUUUAAAAUAUAUUAAUUAAAAAUCCUAGUUAAAGAAUUAAUUUAAUGCAAGCAUAUUAACAUCCUUUUAUUUAAAAUAAUUUAAGAGCUAAAAAUAAGAAUUAGAAAUUUGAUAUUGAUAAGAAAGACUUAAAUAUUUUAUAAAUAAAUUGA